AUGUCGCAAAUGGGCUACGAGAUCUUUUGUGUUCGCCUAGGGAAAGUGCAUGUGAUAAUUGUUUCUUCCCCGGAGAUUGCAUGCGAGUUUUUAAAGAAACAAGAUGCAAAUUUUGCGUCACGUCCAACGUUCCUAUCAUCAGAGCUAGUGAGCAAUGGAUUUUCCACGACUAUCUUUACUACUCUUGGUGACCAAUGGAAAAAGAUGAAGCGUGUAUUGGUCUCUCACAUCCUCUCUCCGGCUACUCUCAAAUGGAUGCACGACAAGAGAGCCGGGGAGACUAACCACCUAGUUCGCUAUGUCUAUAAUGUUAUCAACAACAAUGACGGUGCAGUGAACAUCAGGAUUGCAGCACAACACUUUUGCGGAAAUAUGAUGCGAAAUAUGAUUUUUAGUAAGAGGUUUUUUGGGAAAGGGACUGAGAAUGGAGGACCAGGAGUUGAGGAAGAGGAGCAUAUGGCUGGGAUUUUCAAUAUACUCAAGUGUUUGUUCAAUUUCUGCAUUUCUGACUAUUUUCCGUUUCUUCGACGUCGAAUAGAUAUAGAUGGGAAUGAGAAAUUCACGAGACAAGCUGUUGAAAGUGUGAGAAAGUAUCAAGACCCGGAAAUAGAUAUGAGAAUUAAGCAAUGGAAAAAUGGAACCAAAAGAGAGAAAAAUGAUCUUCUCGAUGUUCUAAUCACUCUAAAGGACGGAGAAGGAAACAAUCUGUUGACAUCUGAGGAGAUUAAAGUUCAAAUUGUGGAAAUAAUGGUAGCAGCAAUUGACAACCCAUCAAAUGCUAUUGAAUGGGCUCUUGGUGAGAUGAUAAACCAACCAGAGAUAUUGUUAAGAGCUGUUGAAGAACUAGACGAGGUUGUCGGAAAAACCGGCUUGUCAGGAAUCUGA